CCCGUUUCCCAGCGCGGUUCCGGCCGCGAUGGGCGCGCACCUGGCUCGGCGCUACGCGGGCGGCGCGGACACGGAGCCGGACCCACUGCGCAUGCCCACGUUUCCCCCCGAGCUGGGCAUGCCGGAGCGCCGCCCGCGCACCAUGGUGGCCUCCGCGGAGGUCCUGGCCGCGGCGCGGGUGCCCCUGGAGCAGCGCGAUUUCUGCGCCCAUCACCUGGUGAAGCUCCUGCGGUGCAAGCGCGACGCCUUCCCCGCACCGUGGAGCUGCCGGGACCUGCAGCACGGCUGGGAGGCCUGCCAGCACCACGACUAUGUGAUGCGCAUGAAGGAGUUUGAGCGCGAGCGGCGGCUGCUCCAGCGCCAGAAGCGGCGGCGCCUGCGGGAGGAGGCGGCGGCGGCGGCAGCACAGGCGUGA